AUGAAGAAGUUCUCCAAGAUCUUGUCGCGGCGCCUCGGGCGAUCUGGCGGAGGCGACGAUCAUGGCCGCUGGGACCGGGGAGGCCAGGAUCUGUCGCUCGACUUCCACCAGCUGACGUCGAGGCGGUGGCGGAGCGGCUCCGAUGGACUGGCCUUGAAUGGCGAGCAUCACAGCCGCCUCUUCACCAAGGAGGUUCCCAAGUACGGCGCGGGGAGGAUCCUGGCCGACGGCAGCGACGACGCGGGGCAGCUGUGUGACGUCUGCCAGGAUAUCGACUUUGCGAGGUUGCUGGACUGGCAGCCGGGGGAUCCCAGGCCGUGGGUAUCGCUGGCGCACUGCUUGAGGCUGAAGCUGCCCGAGGAGGACGCGGAGGACGAAACCGAGGAGCCGGCCAAUGGCAGCCUCGAGACGGCGUCGGAAGCGGCAGAGGUUGAUGACGAGGAGAUGCAGAGAAGGCGGCGGAGGAGGAGCAGGCGGAAUCUGUGCCCAUGGUGCGUCUUCUUCCGCUCCAUGGUCACCACGGUGCCGGAGGGAGACGAGACCAACGGCGCAGACGGCCGGGACGACAGAGCCUUGAAGACCAAGUUCGCGCCGUAUCUGCGCAUUCGACUGGCCUUUGAGCGGCUUGGCAGUGGGGAGAAACAUCCGCUGGGGAGGUCGGUGCUAUUUGAAGUCACGACGAGGAAUCGCUCUCUUCCAUGGGGGUACAUUGUCAAGGCUGCGCCACCGCUGGAGGAGGAGAGUGUGGAGGCGGAUGAUGCCGACGCAGGUACACAGGCAAAGACAGAGACGGAGCAAGAGGCAGAAACAGAGCUGGAUGCAGAGUCAGGAAUCGAGGCGAGCAUCACGCAAGGAGGCCUGGACACAGGGACCGACUCGGGAGUCGAGGCUGACGUUGAUCUGAAAGAGGAGGUACUCUCGGAAAUAAAAUCGAGGGCUAUGAUAGGAGGAGAUGCUGACGAUCGGGCCGAGACGAAACAGAAUGGCCAUGCCAAAGUCAACAGAAGCAACAGACGACAAGAUGAACCAAGGGAAAUUCGGGGCCGGGAAAUUUCGCCGCUGCUCCGUCUGCCGUUGGUCAAAAGUUGGAUCGACUUUUGCGACGAAAAUCACGCCGCAGAGGCCUGUUCCGCCAAACACCGACCCUUGGUCAAGGGGCUGAGGCUGAUAGACUGCGAGGAGAAUCGAGUUAUUCUCGCAGAGCAGCUAUCAGCAGCGGCGCCCCCUGAAGAGCUGCCGGACGACAAAAGCCACAGCGGCACCCGCAACAGCCACGACAAGGGCACCCGACACCAGAACGUCGACUAUGUCACGCUCAGCUAUGUCUCGGGCGCUUCUGGCGCUUCGGAUACAGAGCUCGACGACGACCAUCUUCUGCCGGACCCUCUCCCGAAACUGUUCGCGGACGCCAUUUCCACCACCAAGGGCCUUGGGUACCGCUACCUCUGGGUAGACCGGUACUGCAUGCCCGCAAAAGGAGACGCCGAAAGAGCAUCAGAACGCCAGCAACAGCUUAGCCUCAUUGGCCAGAUAUUCAGCCAUUCGGCACUGACGCUCGUCGUGGCCGCGGGCGAGGGCCUUGAUGACGGCAUUGCCGGGAUCAGCGUACCCCGCGAGGAGCAGCUGUCGAUUCAAACAGAGACAGAACUCUUCACCACGUCUCUGCUUCGCCCUGACCUCGAGGUUGCUUCGUCGAAGUGGGCGUCUCGGGCAUGGACAUACCAGGAGGGUCUCUUGUCGCGACGGCGCCUCGUCUUCACGCCCUCGCAGGUCUACUUCCAGUGCCAGGCUAUACACUGUCACGAGAGCCUUGCCCUGCCCCUCAAGUACGCAUCCGGCCUGAACUUUGGCCGUGUGUUUCCACCUUCCACCGACGCCGCUCUCCAACCCAUACGAUUCAAGAACCACAUUAAAGCCUACCUGGCCAAAAGUCUCACCCACACCGACGAUCACCUAGACGCCUUCAGGGGCUUGCUUCACGAAUACUCACGGCGAGAGAGGCAACCUAUAGAGCACUUGCUCGGCUUGCCCCUCUUUCACCCCGACGAUUUCUCCAAACACAAGGUCGUCAGCCAAACGGACCGCCUGGCCGUCGCCCUUGGCUGGAUGCCCGUCCGCACACUCCCCUCCUCUUCCAUUUCCUCCUCCACCACUUCAUCCUACGAUGACCUCCUGCACAACCCCGUCGUCGACCCUUACUCCCUCAUUGACUCCCCUUGUCCCUUUCCUUCAUGGACCUGGCUCGCAUGGCGACCCAACCAGACCACAUACAGCUACAAUACCCCCAACUACACCCUCAACUUCAACCUCGUCGAUGAUAACUCUCCCCUCCUUGACGGCGUGUCGGCCGCCCCUGGGAUGGAGAUUUCCGUCGGCUUCAGCGACGGCAUGGUCCUUUCAUGGGAGAUUGACGGCGACGCCAUCGCCCGAAAGGCCGACAAGAUUGAGAUGCUGCGCAUCAAGACCUACUGCUUUGAUCUCGCCGUGAAGAGCACCAGCGGCGUCCUGGGAGCCCAUCCGAGCCUCGCCCUGGCCGAGCCGGCAGCCUCGAUCCUGGGCAGAUCCGCCUCCGAAUCGAUAGACGCCUGGAUCCGCCGCUCCUCCGUCACCGUCCUCCCAGCCUCUGCCGACGAAGCGCCGGCCGAGCCCGAGUACCAUCUCGUCGGCGUCCUCAUCUCGGGACGGCACUGGAAAUCCAACGCCGUGGCCCAUCGCCCCACGGGGGCGGGAAGCGCCACCAUUACGACCCCGUCCACGGCCACGGCCACGGCACUGAUAUGCGGGCGCAGAGGCUGGGAUCCGGAGGGACAGCUGAUUCGGCUCGGGGCGCUGAGCAUAGCGUAUGACGGGUUGGUGCCUGCGGCGGACGAGGCGGAUGCGUCAAUUAUGAAGGGGGUUGAUGCGAGGAGUGGGGAGAAGAAGGAUUUGAGGGUACGCAUGCGGGAGUUGGAUAUUUAUUGA